AGUCCAUAAAGUAGGUAACAAGUAUCUGUCACAAAUAAUGUCACAUUUUCAAUUCCAAAUAAAUAGACAAUUCAUAACAUUUAAUGAUCCACAAAUAUUAUCUAAACACAUAUCAAGUGGUCGUCAUCACCCUUCAACUCAUAUUCCAAACCCAGCCUACAAAAACAAAAAUCUCAGCCCACAUCACUCCAAAAAUAAAAAAAUAAAAAAAUGGGAAUCGCCGAAGAGGCUCACAAUGUCCGCGUGAUCGGCUCCGGGCAGCAGACGAUCGUGCUCGCGCACGGCUUCGGCACGGAUCAAUCGGUGUGGAAGCAUCUGGUGCCGCACGUGGUGGAGGAUUACCGCGUGGUGCUGUACGAUAACAUGGGCGCCGGCACCACAAAUCCGGACUACUUCGAUUUCGAGAGGUAUUCGACGCUGGAGGGCUACGCCUGCGACGUCCUCGCCAUCCUGGACGAGCUCGAGGUGCGCUCCUGCAUAUACGUCGGCCACUCCGUUUCCGCCAUGAUCGGCCUCAUCGCCUCCAUCUCCCGCCCCGACCUCUUCUCCAAGAUCCUCACCAUCUCCGCUUCUCCGAGAUACAUGAACGACCCGGAUUACUAUGGGGGAUUCGAGCAGUCGGAGCUUCUAGAACUAUUCGAGGCGAUGAAGUCGAACUACAAGGCGUGGUGCGACGGGUUCGCGCCGCUUGCGGUGGGGGGCGACAUGGAGUCGGUGGCGGUCCAAGAGUUCAGCCGGACUCUCUUCAACAUGAGACCGGACAUUGCACUUAGCGUGGCCCAGACCAUAUUCUACAGCGACGUCAGACCCCUCCUUCGCCACGUCACCAUCCCCUGCCACAUCAUCCAGAGCAUCAAGGACCUUGCCGUGCCCGUCGUCGUCUCCGAGUUCCUCCACCAGAACCUCGGCGGCGACUCCAUCGUCGAGGUCAUGUCCACCGACGGCCACUUGCCGCAGCUCAGCUCUCCCGACGUCGUCGUGCCCGUGCUCCUUAGGCACAUUCGCUAUAACAUUGCUGCUUGAUUCUUCUAAUAUUGCUACUUUGUUUCUCUGCCUCAUUAAUGUCUCGUUUUCUUACUAUUUCUGCUUUUUAUCUUCAAUUGCUCUCAGCUUUGUACAAGUCAUCAAAUGUAAUUAUUAAUCCUCGCAAAACAUUAUUUUUCUUUUCU